GAGUCUUGAGCCCUCUUGGCAGAGAAUAAGAGUCAGAAAGAGAACUCCAGCAGGUGUCCAGGUCCUGACUUGUCUCGUUAGGGAGAAUUCAUCCUUGUCUGUCUGGUUGGCAGGGCACGUUAGUCACUGAGACCCAGCAUUUCAGCAGUUUGCAGAAAAAGUGAUGUGAACAGACAGCUGCAAGUGAGACACAGCCUAGGUCUGAAGAGAUGAAGCAUUUACUUCACUUGGAGGAAAGAGAAGGAAGGAAGCCUAGGGCUUAACAGGCACUGGUCCCCAAGUUCAUUGGUCAUGGCUCCUCGUUCACGGCGGCGAAAGCACAAGAAACCCCCACCAGUGAUUCCCAUGAUUGAAAUCCCACCCACAGAAGUGUCUCCAGUAUCUCCAGCCCUCUCAAAACCUGGCCCUAGCAUUGAUGCACUUGGCUUCAUUUCCUUGGACAAUAAUGUACCAGGUCUGUCCCAGUUGAUCCUCCAAAAGCUGAACAUGAAAAACUAUGAAGAAUACAAGUUGGUGAUAAAUGGGGGAACCCCAGUAUCAAGCUUUGGAUUUCGAUGUCAACAAGAAAUGUUCCAGAAGAUGGAGGACACAUUCAGAUUCUGUGCUUAUUGUAAAGUGCUCCCUCAUGGCCUUUCCAAUUGCAAGGUUCUCCGGCACUGUAAGAGGUGCAGAAAUGUCUAUUACUGUGAUACAGAGUGCCAGAGGUCAGAUUGGCCAGCACAUAGGAAGGUUUGUCGAGAGCUCCGUCUUGUGGCUGUAGAUCGUGUCAUGGAAUGGCUUCUGGUCACAGGUGAUUUUGUCCUACCCUCAGGACCUUGGCCAUGGCUACCUGAAGAUAUACAGAAUUGGGAUACCUGGUUUUCUAUGAGGGGUUUACAGCUAGAAUCUACAUUGAAUGCUCUUCUGGGUAGUCACUCUAUGACCAUGCUUUGGGCAAGUCUAGGAAGGCCACGGCCAGACCCAGAUGUCUUGCAUGGCUCUUUGAAGCGGUUGAUGACAGAUGUUCUGUCACGGCCCUUGACCCUGGGCUUAGGGCUUCGGACUGUGGCAAUAGAUGUUGGGAAGACUGGAGGAAGCACAUUGCAUGUGGUUGGUGCUUCCCACGUAGAGACAUUUCUUAUUCGUUCUGGAGAUUAUGAUGAGCUUGGCUACAUGUUUCCUGAACACCUUGGCUUUCAUGUGAUCAUGGUGGGUGUGGAUGUGGCUACUGACCUUUUACAGAGUUCUUCAUCUUUAUCCUUGGAGCCUGGAACAAUUCAGCUUAGUGGCCACAGGGCCCUGUAUCAUGACUUCUGGGAGGAGCAAAUAGAGACUGGGAUUCUGGCCCAUCCAGAUUUGGUGGCUGCAUUCCAUCCAGGUUUCCAUGCCUCCCCAGGCUUGAUGGAAGCUUGGUUACCCACCCUGCUGCUACUUCGUGACUAUGAGAUUCCAACAUUGAUUACUGUUUACAGCCAACAGGAACUGGAAGCCUCUUUGCAGAUUCUGGUGAACUUGGAUACACACAUCAUUGCUUGUGGAGCUAAUCCUUUCGCAUCCCUCAAACCAGAACAAGUCUAUUCUAAUCCCAACAAGCAACCAGUAUACAGCAGUGCCUACUACAUCAUGUUUCUUGGAAGUUCCCCUGCCAAUUAGAUAAGAAGCAACGAGAAGGAAAAAAAAAAAAAACAAAACCAGAUGAUUUUUCAGUAAUUGAACCAAGUCUUUACUGAAUGCCUGGAAAAUGAAAGCUUAAUCAACUUACCCUGUUGAUGUCAGAUUUUUGCCAGCUUUGAACCCUGUGGUAUGCUAAACCUUAUUCACAGUUCAAAUAAAGAUGUUUAAACCAAUGG